AUGGUAGCGAAACAACCAAAAUCUGGGAUCGUUGUUGGCUUAAAUAGAGGUCAUAAAGUAACUCCUCGUGAACCUCGUCCUAAACCAUCUCGGAGAAAGGGGGUUAUUUCUCACAAAGUAAAAACUGUUCGUGAUACAAUUCGGGAAGUUGUUGGUUACGCUCCUUAUGAGAAACGCGUGAUGGAAUUGUUGAAAAACUCUAAAGAUAAACGGGCCAGAAAAUUGGCCAAAAAGAGACUUGGCACCUACGUUCGUGCCAAAAAGAAGGUUGAAGAACUUAGCAAUAUCAUUGCAGAAUCUCGUCGCGCUCAUUAA